UGUCUGGUUAGACUGGCCUGCCAAUAGUCGUGCCGGAAUACCCGGUAAGUUUCAACAUAGUCCCUCAGAUCCACCCACGUAUGGGAGGAUGUCAUCAUCGCUAGCUACAUGUAGGUACAAACCUAGCAGGUAACAAAGGAAUAGCUUGUGAUGAGCCUGCCAUAGCCUACCUAAUCGGUUAGAGGGGUAGAGGGGUUACCUCACAGCUCCUGCUUCCUACGGAGGGGAUGUCAGCUAGUCAUAGAUCAUAAAUAGACCAGCUUCGUCCCUCUCUCCGUCUGCCUUUGGACAUCAAAGCAAUUCCAACGACAAAAACGACUACAUAGACGAAACUUUUCUACAUAUCAACCCACGAUUUCUUCAUAAACCAGCAACCAUGUUCGGAUUCGACGACGCCAAGAGCCAGCGUGACGAGAUCUACGACGGCCAGCCCCAUGAGUCUAAGCUGUCCCACGAACUCAUCGGCGGCGGUGCCGCCUUUGAGGCCAUGAAGCUCUUCGAGGACCGCCAACGCAAAGAAGGCAAGACCGUAAACCACGCCUUUGCCAAGGAGGUCAUUGCUGGCAUUGCUGGUGCCGAGGUCGACAAGCUCUUCGAGACCAAGGGCCUUGACAUGAUCGACCGUGAGAAGGCCAAGCACCACGCCAAGAAGCAGGCCGAGCACCUGUACGAGACCCAGUACGGUGACCAGGACCAGUACGACCCCAACAACUCCAGCCGCCACCCCUCCACCGACUACUAGAUCUAUAGAUAGAUCAUGGAUAUUCGGGCUGCGUGCUGAGCAUUGGGACUCAAUAACUAGAUGACUAGUUACGAAUAAAUGAUAAAUGAACUAAAGCCAAUUUAAAUGGUACCAUCUCAAUGCAUUAUAAUGAUGUGGCAAAAUUACUGUGGCAGUUGAGCUCUUCGU